GGGAGUUGACAGGGUGAGGCCCCAGCACCCACUCUUGUGACAGGCAUCACUGAAAUGCAAAAUCCUGAAAACUUUAACCAUGUGUAAUGUACGAGCAGGGUACAAAGUCAGCUCAAGUUAAUUUAAAAUCCAUCCGUGGGCAUCUUUCCAUUGUCUUCCAUGGGCACUGCCAACAGGUGGCCAGGCAGUGGGGAAAGUCCUUGGAGCAGGAGGGUGACAGGGAGAGGAUUCACAUGAAGAAGAUCUGACUGUCUCUGGGACAAUUCCAGCAGAGAAUCCUGGAUUUAGGAGCCUGUGAGCUCCAAAGUGCACCCUCUGGAGCUGCAGAGCAAAGCCUUGCUGAUCAUAACUGCAGCAGAGUGUGGAGCUGAGGGAAGGUUUGAAGCAAGAGCCUGGCUUGGGUGCUGCCAUUUGCCAAGGAGAAGCUGCAGAGAUGAAGAAAGAAGAGGCUGAAAAGUCAUGACAGCUGAAAAGACUAUUCCUAUAAUUAAUGGCAAGCCAGAAGAUGCUUUGGACCCAGAAGCCUCAAGUACCAACCUUGUCCACAGCAACGAUAAGAAAGUUCAUGAAAGAGGUCACUGGAACAAUAAGGUUGAAUUUGUGCUCUCUGUGGCAGGGGAGAUUAUCGGGCUGGGAAAUGUCUGGAGGUUCCCAUACCUUUGCUACAAGAAUGGAGGAGGUGCUUUCCUCAUCCCCUACGUGGUCUUUUUCAUUUGCUGUGGAAUACCAGUGUUUUUCUUGGAGACGGCCUUGGGACAGUUUACAAGUGAAGGAGGCAUCACAUGCUGGAGGAAAGUUUGCCCUCUCUUUGAAGGCAUUGGCUAUGCUACCCAAGUUAUAGAGGCACACCUAAAUGUAUAUUACAUCAUCAUUUUAGCAUGGGCUAUCUUCUAUUUGUUCAACUGCUUUACUACAGAGCUUCCCUGGGCUUCCUGUGGCCAUGAAUGGAAUACAGAAAACUGUGUGGAGUUUCAAAAACUUAACAUGAGCAACUGCAGUCAAGUCUCUUUACAGAAUGCCACUUCUCCAGUGAUGGAAUUCUGGGAGUAA